AAUCUAGGUCUCUCCCACUUUAUUCCUACCAAGUCAAUCAUUUAACCUGCCAUCCUUGACCGUAUUCCCUUUUGUGCUUGUAUUUUCUACCGGAACAAUUUUUACCUUAGGUUAUGUCGGUUUACACUUCUAAUUCAGCUGCCAUGGCGCAACAACAGCAAGCCGCUGCUGCCCAGCAACAGGCUCAACAGCAACAACAAGCCGCUGCUCAACAACAACAGCAGCAGCAACAACAACAAGCAGUGGCUGCAGCUGCGGCCGCUGCUCAACAGCAAAGACAACAGCAUCAACAAAGAUUGAACGAAUUGUUAGAUGCAGUCAAGGCCGAGUUCGAAUAUGCAUUGAAUGAAGCCUCCAGUUUUAAACAAGUAAAGGAAGAUUAUGACUUGAAAUAUAACCAACAAACAAGUGAAAUGCAACAAAUAAGACAAACUGUGUUUGACUUGGAAACAGCUCAUAGAAAAAUCAAGGAUGCUUAUGAAGAAGAGAUUUUAAGAUUAAAGAGUGAAUUGGAAAACAGAGAUAGACAAGCUCAAAUUCAACAACAACAGCAACAGCAACAAGCUACUGUAGCUGCCCAACAAGCCCAACCAAAACCAAACGGAUUACCUUACGGUGGAGGUUAUCAAAUUCAACCGCAAACUCCUUCUCAAGCUCAACCUUUACCUGGGGCUAUAAAACAAUCUCCACCAAAAUCUUUAUCUCCUCAAGUUGCUAAACAAGAAACCAAUGGUGGUCAAUCUAUUGCAGUACCUGCUCCUGAAACUACAAGCACUGCCUUGACUGUUAUCGAUAAAUCUCAAUAUAUUGUUAACCCAGCUCAAAAGGCACUUCAUAUCAAGGAAAUUCCACCAUUCUUAUCUGAUUUGGAUGUUUCUAAAGCAAAUCCAGACUUUAAGAAGCAAAAGCUUGAUUAUUAUGUGUUGUAUAAUCCUGCAUUCAGCCGUAACUUGGAUGUUGAUUUGAUUCAUUCUUUAGACCAUUCUUCAGUCGUUUGUUGUGUUAGAUUUUCUAAAGAUGGUAAGUUUAUUGCCACUGGUUGUAAUAAAACUACUCAAGUUUUCAAUGUUGAAACUGGAGAAUUGGUUGCCAAGUUGAUUGAUGAUAAUAAUUCCACUGAUGUUAGUGCCAGUGAUGCUAAAGCUGAAGGCGAUGCUGCUGCUUCUGCUGCUUCUGCCUCUGCUGCUAGUGCUGCUGCUGAUUUAUACAUUAGAUCGGUGUGUUUCUCUCCUGAUGGUAAAUUAUUAGCCACUGGUGCCGAAGAUAAAUUGAUCAGAAUCUGGGAUUUAACUACAAAGAGAAUUAUUAAGAUUUUAAGGGGACAUGAACAAGACAUUUAUUCCUUGGAUUUCUUCCCUGACGGCGAUCGUUUAGUUUCAGGUUCUGGUGACAGAACUGUUAGAAUCUGGGAUUUGAGAUCUUCACAAUGUUCAUUAACUCUUUCUAUUGAAGAUGGUGUUACUACUGUUGCUGUUUCUCCUGAUGGUAAAUUAAUUGCUGCUGGUUCUCUUGAUCGUACUGUUAGAGUCUGGGACUCUACCACUGGAUUCUUGGUUGAAAGAUUAGAUUCAGCCAAUGAAAAUGGUAAUGGUCAUGAAGAUUCUGUUUACUCGGUUGCAUUUUCCGUCAAUGGACAUCAAAUUGCUUCUGGUUCCUUAGAUAGAACGGUUAAAUUAUGGAACUUGAAGGAUAGUCCAAGUGCACAAAAGUCAAGUUGUGAUGUUACAUAUAUUGGUCAUAAAGAUUUUGUGUUGUCAGUGUGCUGUACACCAAACAAUGAGUAUAUUCUUUCUGGUUCUAAAGAUCGUGGUGUUAUCUUCUGGGAUCAAGUUUCAGGAAAUCCAUUAUUGAUGUUGCAAGGGCACCGUAAUUCAGUUAUUUCUGUUGCUGUAUCAUUAAAUUCUCAAGGGACUGAAGGUAUUUUUGCAACCGGAAGUGGUGAUUGUAAGGCCAGAUUAUGGAGAUGGACCAGAAAGUAAGUCUAAUCUUGUGAAAUUCUUCUUGUUCUUCUACUUCUUCUUCUCUAACUGUUUUUAUAUUAGUUUAUAGUCUUUUUUUUGUUAAGUGUAAUAGUAUAUUAUUUGUGUGUUU